CAUGUCCACUGUCAAAGAGAAGCUAAUUCAGAACCUAACUGCAGAAGAUAAAACCUCCCGGUGUAAGAUCACAGUGGUGGGAGUUGGAAAUGUGGGCAUGGCCUGCACUAUUAGUAUCUUACUGAAGGGUUUGGCUGACGAACUUGCCCUUAUUGAUGCUAACGCAAACAAGCUGAAGGGAGAGGCCCUGGAUCUUCACCAUGGCAGCCUCUUUUUGAGUACUCCAAAUAUCGUCUACGGAACUGAUUACAGUGUGUCUGCCAACUCCAAAUUAGUUAUCAUCACGGCGGGUGCAACAAUGAAGGUGGGAGAAUCGCGCCUUGACCUGCUUCAGCGCAACGUUGAGAUCAUGAAAGGAAUCGUUCCAGGCGUCGUCAAAAACAGCCCGGACUGUAAGAUAAUGAUCGUCGCAAAUCCAGUGGACAUUUUGACAUACGUCGUGUGGAAGCUAAGCGGCUUCCCUGUGUCGCAUGUGAUCGGAAGUGGCUGUAACCUGGACUCUGCCCGUUUCCGUUACAUGAUUGGAGAGAAGCUGGGUGUCCACCCUACCAGCUGCCAUGGCUGGAUUCUAGGAGAACAUGGAGACUCCAGUGUGCCUGUAUGGAGUGGUGUGAAUGUUGCUGGUGUACCUCUGAAGUCGCUGAUCCCAGGAUUUGGAACCGAUUCAGACAAGGAACAAUGGGGAAUGGUCCACAAACAGGUGAUAGAAAGUGGCCUUGAGAUCUUACGGCUGAAGGGCUGCACCUCUUGGGCUAUUGGGCUGUCCGUGACAGAUAUGGCAGGAUCAAUACUGAGGAAUCUGAGGAGGGUGCAUCCGGUUUCCACGCUGGUUAAGGGUUUAUAUGGAAUAAAGGAGGACAUCUUCCUCAGUGUCCCCUGUAUCUUGGGACGGAAUGGCAUCACUGACAUUGUGAAGGUGAACUUGAGCCCAGAAGAGGAGACGCUUCUCAGGAAGAGUGCAGACAUACUCUGGAACUUCCAGAAGGACAUCCAAUUAUAAAGUCUCCACAUUCUGCAAUUUAACAGAG